AUUGUUAGCUUCAAUACCAUGUUAUUUAGUGCCUAACGAUGAAAACUUGUAUAAUAACAAAUAGAAAAUAACGUUUUGAACGAAGAUAAUCAUAUAAUUUUUUAGUUUAAACGAUAUUUUCCUUUUAAACCUUCUUUAAUUUUGUUUAUGUCAUUUAAAAAAUAUUAUUAAGAAAAGAAAUAUUUUAUAAAUUACUGAACGAUAAAAUAAUGCCUCCUGCAAAACAACCACAACGAAGAGUUUUUAUAGCCGACAGAAGUAUUAAAUUCAGAUGUUGUUUACAAAAUACAAUUCUAGAUGUUCUAAAAAGUCGAAGUGGAUGGCAGGAAGGAGGAGAAGGCGAUUGGGACUUCUAUUGGUGCGACGUUAUGUGGAUAAAAGAAUUUUUUGAUCAUUACUAUCUAGGGGAACAGAUGAGAGUUUGUCAUUUUAGAAAUCAUUACGAACUUACUAGAAAGAAUCUUAUGGUGAAAAAUCUUAAAAGAUAUAGAAAAACAUUAGAUAAAGAAUUUGGAAAACAAGAAGCAAUACAAUGUGAUUUUUAUCCAAUGACAUUUGAAUUACCAUCGGAAUAUCAUAUAUUCGUUGAAGAAUUUAAAAAGAGUCCAGGCCAAAUAUGGAUAAUGAAACCAGUCGCUAAAUCUCAAGGAAAAGGGAUAUUUCUUUUUCGUAAAUUGAAAGAUAUUACAGAUUGGAAGAAGGGUGAAUAUCAACCUCAAACUGGUGAUUCUGCAAGAGAAGGUCCGGAAACUUAUGUUGUCCAACGAUACAUAAAUAAUCCAUAUUUAAUUAGUGGAAGGAAAUUCGAUAUUCGAGUUUACGUUUUAGUAAUGUCGUAUGUUCCAUUGAAGGCAUGGUUAUAUAGAAGUGGUUUUGCCAGAUUCUCGAAUACAAGAUAUUCAUUGGAUGCAAUUGAAAAUAAUUAUGUUCAUCUUACAAAUGUUGCUAUACAAAAAACUGCUCCCGAUUAUGAUCCUGAAAAAGGUUGUAAAUGGUCUAUGCAACGUCUAAGACAGUAUCUGUUAGCUAAGCAUGGAGCUGAGAAAACAAAAGAAACUUUUGCAAGAAUGGAUCAAGUGUUCAUAAGAAGUCUUAUGGCUGUUCAAAAAGUGAUGAUUAAUGAUAAACAUUGCUUUGAAUUGUAUGGUUACGACAUCCUUUUAGAUGAUGUUUUAAAACCGUGGUUACUGGAAGUUAACGCGUCUCCAUCGUUAACGGCUAGUAGUAAAGAAGACUACGAUCUAAAAGUAGGCUUAUUACAAGAUGUCUUGAAUAUCAUUGAUCUUGAAGGAAGGUUAACUGGUAAAGAGAAAAGAGUAGGAGGAUUCGAUUUAAUUCAUGACGAUGGUGUUGUUUACGCGGAUGAUGUUACCUAUGACGCAACGGGAAAUUUAUCGCAAACUCCAAAUUCAUUUUUGGGUUGUCAUAACGACAGAAACCAACAACUUCAACAAUUAUAUAGAAAAAAUCAGUUACUAAGCGAACAAAAAGCUUUAGAUAAGACGUAA